AGACGAGCCGAGGAGAUGGGGCUGGGAAAGGCAGCGGAUUUCAUCGGAACUUGGGAUGGAAGGAAAGCAAGAUCUAUGUCCCAUUGUCACGUCGCGACUCGCAAGGCAGCGGGGGGCAGGGGAGGACAGAGGAUUGGAGAGCAUGCGCUGCGAGGCGGGCCGAUUCGUUGAGUCAGAGCAGAGCACAGUGGCGACGAGCGAGCAUGGACAAUUGUCUCUUGCGUUCAAUUGCCAUGGUCGCGCAGUGGAGCGGAGCAGGAAUUGGCCCGUUCAAGGCGGAGCGUGUGUAGCCGCCUGCCGGAGCCAGGCGAACGAGGAUCUGCGGGAGCCUGAGGAGGAGGAGGACGAGGGAGGAAGGGAGGGGACGGGACGGGCCGGGCAGUGGAGUGGAGUGGAGCGGAGUAGGUGGAGAUUGUUGGCGCAGUGAGGAAGGGCAGGGCAGGGCAGGAAGGUGGUGUGGGGUGGGGGGCUUGGUGAUCCAAACAUGUCAGUGAGCAAAUCGGCACCCCAUGGAUGACAUGUCUGACCGGCUCCUGCAUCUAGUUCUUUAUUCGGCUCCGAGUUUUCGUUGAUUCUGAUCAGUGAACUGUCACAGUCUUUGAACAGGGUGACAACAUGAACGAAUCUGAUAAUCGUAAUAAUGGGAGUAUUCAUGGCAAUCGAGACCCGAAAGAAGAUGAGGACAGAGGAGAUGUUGGAAGAGAAGCAGCUGAGAAGGUUGCGGGCUUGCUUGAGAGGUGCAAAGCUUUGCAAGAUGCAGCAAACACUCAUUCCGCCCGAAUCAAGUACGAUUCUCAGAUUUUAAGCCAACAGGCGACCAGCGUCGUCGCCGAUAUAAAAAAUGUUCGCUCUUUCAUCAAUUCGGCACAGGAUGAGAUCAACCCGAGGCUUGCUGAGAAGUUGGAGGAGGAUCUGUUCAGAGCCCGGAGCAUGGUAUAUGAAGGAGAUGCCGCAUCUCUUCUUCCUGCCAAACCUAAUGGAUACUUUCUCAGUACGUUGCUUGGCCCAGUGAAUGUCCGGGCUCCUAGAAACGAUGUGCGUCUUAAAGUGAAAGAAGAAUACAAUAGCUACAGGGAUAGAACUGCAAUUCUAUUUUUGGCGUUUCCCGUCAUCCUACUAGCGUUGAAAAAUUGGUGCUGGAACGGAUGCUUUCCCGCGCUACCAGUUCAGUUAUAUCAGGCAUGGUUACUUUUUUUUUACACGAGCUUGGCACUACGAGAGAACAUCUUGAGAGUCAAUGGAAGCGAUAUCCGACCAUGGUGGGUGUAUCAUCAUUAUUGCGCCAUGGUCAUGGCUUUAGUAAGUCUUACAUGGGGUCUACAGGGACAUCCUAGUUGCAUUCGAAAACAACAAGGAGUGCGUCUUUUUCUUGCCUGGGCUGUUAUGCAAGGAAUUGCCAUGCUUUUGCAAAACCGCUAUCAGAGGCAACGCCUGUACACAAGAAUAGCACUCGGCAAGGCAGGAAGAAUGGACGUAGUUUGGGGAGAAACCUCCGGUGUGAAAGGGCAGAUUUGGGUUCUCUAUCCUCUUUUGUUUCUUUUACAGAUUUUUCAAUUUUCGAUAGGAGCUCUUCUGCUGAGAACAUCCAUUACCGAAGACGAAUCGGAGUGGCAGAUGGUUGCUUGUGGACUGCUCCUGUUGAUUAUGGCCGUAGGUAACUUUUCCAAUACAGUAGCAACGGUGGUUGCAAAAGCCAAAAUAAAAGCAAAAAUGAAGCAAACCAAGCAUAUGAUACAGCGCAUGUCGUCGCCAGGUCUUGUAAAAAAGUCUUCAUAAGAUUUGGCUAUGAACUGUACAUAUUUCUUGUAGCCUCUCCACAUGAAUUUCUAGGCCGUAUUUCCGCAUUGUGAUUGUUCAUUCACGAUACCUGCCACUUCCAUAUUAGACCCUAUGAAGACUUUCAAGCGUCACGAGGCACGUUCUGAGACCAACGUGACAGGCAUAUCUUUAGACUUCGAACCUGAUCUUGGACGAAGAUUGAUUGCAAAUCUUUGUUUUCAUCCCAUGGGAUGGAUCAAUGCUCUGUGUUGUCAGUUGAAAUGAUAAAUCACAGUAUUCUUGCGAGGAUGGAAGCCUUGUUUGAAACCCUGCGUCAGAUUGUCUACCAUUAUCUCUCAAGUUUCAAAGAAGCCAUAUCGCCUCGAUUGAGUUUUAAAUUGUUUCAGCCAUCAGUUUUCAAGCUUCUUAGGGCAAUCACGUGUUUUUAGGGGCAAUUUGUCCUCAGUACUUGUAGGAGGAUUGGUGUUCAAGUCUGUGGCCAUUUUGAAAGCCAUGAAUACUUUGAGGCAGUUGUUCUUUUUGUUCCAACACGAAGUAAUCUUGAAAAGUGUACCUUUUGACAACAUAUUUACAUGUGUACCUCACCACAUGCAUGCACAGUCACUGAGUGACGCGUGUGAUUGAAAACUUUUAGAGAUUUCGGAGUCAACCAAGCGUGGUCUAUAAGAGUGGUUGGAGUUCGGAGUGAUGUUGAGAAUUUAGUAUGGCAGACGUUUACUUCAACGUUUGAGUGGCUCGCAGUGUUAUGGCUGAAGGUGAAGGUCACGGAAUGACUGGGCCUUGUGUACACAAACUGGACAAGUUAGAGAAUUUCGAGAAACAUUGUAGUUCCAAGGAUUAUAGUCACGGAGUGGUACCUGGAUUCUAAAUGGUUUGGUUAGAUAUUCCGGUGUCGGCUCGUUGGAUAAGUCAGUUGUCGACCAUUGGGAGAUUAUCCUGCAACUGAGUAUAAACCCGCUUCCUUUCUGUUCCGCACCAGUUAUCUUUGUAUAAUUUGAAUACAUUCUCGUCAGGCGCACGUC